AAACCUACCGUAAUGCUUUUUGAUGAAGCAACUUCUGCUCUGGAUAGUAUCCACGAAGAGGAGGUCCAACAUGCAAUUGAUCUUGCAUCUGAGGGUCUAACCACAAUAACAAUUGCACACAGAAUGACUGCAGUAAGAAACUGUGAUCGAAUUAUCGUACUGGAAGAAGGUCGUAUUGUUGAAGAGGGACCACCUGAUGAGCUGAUGGGGAAAGAAGGAGGACGAUUUCAAAAAGUUGGAAAUAUUUAUGUGAUUUGA